CCACGAUUCUGUCCUAAUCGUGGAAUACAUCCCAUCUGCGCACCGAAACUAUCGAUCAUGCGGGAAUAUGAGGCCACCAUUGCUCAUAGUAGCGGACAGCUCCCGCACGGUGUCGCUCAGCCCACGCUCAGCCCUUCCGAGAUAAAUUCGCUUCGGAAAGAGGCAGGAAUCAUCGACCAAACGAUUGGCACACUCGAAAAGCAGCUGUUACAGCUUAAAUCCCGUCGAAACUCCAUCCAUGUCAAGCUCUCGAGCCUUGUUUACCCGGUCAACACACUCCCCGUCGAAGUUCUUUGCCACAUCUUCCGCGAAACGGUGUCCUCGUCUAUCCUAUCAGAAGUGAAUGCAACGCUCCUCAGCAUCACCGCGGUCUGUCAGAUGUGGCGGAGCGUGGCCAUUGCUGACCCUCACCUCUGGACAAAGACCUGCUAUAUCCUCCGGGCUCCGAUUGCUAACUAUCAUGACCCGCUGUUCUAUCACUUCUUGAAACGCACCCAAGGGCUUCCGAUCGUGGUCUACAUCGACGAACGCGGCAGCGCGGAGUGCUCCUUGCCUCCAGCCUUAUUCGAUUCUUGCCGCCAAUGGACAGAGGCCGACCUAUCUGACGCGGACAGGGAUGGCCACGACUUCCGAAGUUUCAGGCUCCGUUCCCCCGACACAGUAUUAGAGCUCCCAAAUCUGACCAAGCUUACUCUAGACAUCGAUACUUCGACACAGUAUCAUGUGUAUCAGACAUUCUCCAAUGCACCGCGUCUCCGCGAACUGGCUAUCAGCUACCCGAACUUAGUUCUCAACCUUGGCUUCCCGGUGCACCAGCUGCAGAAACUCACCAUCCUCCACUCUACAUCAUGCCGACAAGUCCUAUUCCUACUCCCCCAUCUGCGAGUUCUCGAAGAACUUGUCAUCGAAAGUUACCUCUCAAACGAUGCGAAUGCCAAUCAGCACAUCAUCGAAAUGCGCCUUUUGACGACCUUGCAUCUUCUCGGUGCGGAUACCUGUGCACUCCUGCGCCAUUUGUCCCUCCCGCAUCUGACCACCCUGGGGCUUGCAAACUUCGAUCAUCACGACGCAGGUGUCUUAAUUCCAGGCUGCCUCCUUCGCUCCUCGGCCAACGUGACAUCUCUAUCGCUCACAAACUCAUAUUAUACGGAUUUCGAAGAGGUCUUCCGGUCCCCCAUCCUUCGUACCUCCGUACGAAACUGGACCGUCAAAUCGCUGAAGGCAACUGGUCGCGAGAUGAAGGCCCUCGCCGCUCUCCUCGCCCGCGCCGACUUCCUCCCGAAUCUCGAAUCUCUUAACCUGCUCAUGCUGUCCCCGCUUCUUCUCCGCCCAUUCUUGGACGGCCUCCGUCGCCGUGUCGCCAACUCAGUUUCGCGUGGUCUGCGACACGAACUGAAGCUGAGGCAACUCCUUGUCCAGCUUUCGGGCGGCAUGUCAGCGGAGGACACACGCCUACUUCGCGAGCUCCAGCAGAGCCUGGAUUUUCUCUGA